AGAGAGAGAGAGAGUAACACUGCUACUUUCCCCUACAGUUGUUCAGGAGGCUUCAGCGUGCGAAGAGCGGUGGUACCCACACAAGAUGAAGCAGUCCCCCGUAUCCUCCGCUUUCAGGAAGUGUUGACCAACUUGGGAGGCUGGUCAGUCAAAGACAACAUCUUCGUGGCGCCUUGCACCGGGGCCUACUUCUUCACCUUCCAUGCUAUCUCAGAUGACGGCAAGGACUUCACGGUGGCACUGAUGAAGGAAGGAGAGUACCAGGUCACUGCUUACGGUACUAAACAGGGGUACCAGCAGGGCUCCAAUUCAGCCUUGCUGUUCCUCAACGCUGGAGCCAGAGUGUACCUGGAGGUGCAGCAGGGAACCAUCUACGAGCACCCUUUCAACGAGGUCUACACCACCUUCAGUGCCUUCCUCGUCGAGCAGUUCUAGAGAGGAUAACGAGUACAUACCACUUGUGAUGCGCACGGAUGUAAGAGUGAGGGAACUAAAUAACUGUUAACAGACAGCCUUUCUGCCGACUACAUGUGGUGCAGCUAUAAUUCUUGUCUGCAGAGAUGAGAAAGGAGAAGCGACAGAAGGGAACGAGGAAGGCAGGAGGUGAGGGAAAGAGGGAAGUAGAAGAACAGAAAUAAGGAAAGUAUGGAGGUAAGAAGAGAGAAGGAGGAAUAAGGAAGAUAGAAUGAGGAAUGCCCAACAUUCAUGGCUCAUCCCUCCUCAUCAAGUUCUAUUUAUAAGUUAUUCAUCUAUUUAUUUAUCUAUUUAUUUAAAAAAAACACCAAUUUAACUUAGUAGUCAAUAAAGUCAGUUUCCUAACUAUUGUUGGCGAAGACAAACUAUUCAAACAAGAUGUACAAAUUACAAAAAUACUGUUGUUGAUUUUUAGUGUUCGAUCGGUGACUUUUACAAUAAAAGGAAUAUAUGAAGUUUUAUUUAAACCCG